AUGUGGUUAUCCGCCGGACCUCUUACUUUCCCAGUACUCUUCUCCUAUACCAGUGACGGGGGUGAUGAGAUGCACAGUACCAUACAAGCCCGAUUCGACGGGAAAACAGUCUAUCGACUGAAUAUAAACACCAACCCCGACCCAGCACACGUGGAUCGCGAAGUCGAUGGGCUAUUUCUGGACGUAAUCACUACUUUUAAGUCCGACGUAAACGCUGACACGUCGAGUGUAGUGGGACGGGUCAACUCCUUCCAAAGCUCUCCGCUGCCCAUAUCCCCCCGCGUGCCCGUACAACAACGACCCUCCAUGAUGUCGCCUAGCAACGACCUGAACAAUUCACGCAGAUCGUCAGUCAUGAACAGUGGGAAGGAGCGGGUAGCCACGGCCAUGUACCUGAGCGCUCCGGACGUCAACGAUAUCAUGGGAUUCAUUAGCACGUUGGUGCAGAAUGCCGUCGUGCCCUCCAUGCAGACAACGUAUAUCGAGCUCAGCAAUGCG